AUGUUGUGCCCUGUGCCCCAACGCCGUCUUUUUGCAGAUGAAUUAUGUAUUCAAGUCAUCGAUGAUGGCACCGCCGAGCCCGAGGAGGCCAAAGAUAUUCUCAUGGAAAACGCGACUCGGCAAGUCGUAAUAGUCAAAAAGCCAGAAUCGGGAUUUGGUUUGUCAAUCAAAGGAGGAUCAGAAAAUGCACAGAACAUGCCUAUUGUCAUCUCCAAAAUUUUCAAGGGAUUGCCGGCUGACGAAUGCGGCGAGUUGUUUAUUGGGGAUGCUAUCGUAGAAGUUAAUGGAAUAUCCAUAGAAGGCCAAAGCCAUGAUGAAGUGGUAAACAUGUUAAAGUCAAGCGGAGACCAAGUGACUCUGGGUGUCCGCCAUUUCACCCACAUGACUCCCUUUUUAAAACCAGCACAAUCACUCCAACCUGAUAGCACUUUGGAUCAGUUGUUCGAUGGGAGAAGUACAAGGAGCAACAAAGCCCAGUCGGAGUCUCGAUUUUCUGAUUCGAAAUGGCAGCAGCAUAUUGAUGGACGCGAGAAGAAAUGGAAAACAUUGACUUCCUUGCCAUUGGCAAUGGCAUAUGUCACCAGAUACCUUUGGGGAACUGACAAUAUCAGAUCCAACUCGUUUGAAGUCCGAGCUGUGGAUGGGAGGUCUUCUGGAAUUGUUCAUUGUGAGGAUACCUCUGCGUUGGAACAGUGGAUUGCACAUAUUAGCAAACAUAUCUUGUCGUUGAAUCAUAAAAGCAUCAAGAUGAGCAAUAAGUAUCUGCACCAGAGUGAGCAGAUUAGUUACAUUGGAUGGGUAAAUGAAUAUCUCAACGACGAUGACCAAGAAGAGUUGAAAAUCCGCUGGCAACCUCGUUUCUUGAUUCUCAAAGGCAGUGACGUCUGUUUCUUCGAUGUUCCACCACUUAACUCCGAAGACCUCAAUAAAUGCGUCUACUUGUACAAAUGCUAUGAUGUUGCUGUAAAACAAGUACCCAAUACGAGUCCCAGACGAGACAAGAGAGACAACUGCUUCCUGAUUGAAACUCCUAUUCAAAUCCCAAACCACUAUUUGUCAUUUGAAUCUCCAUCUGGUUUUGAACUAUUCGAGCAGGCUUAUUAUCGUACUGUUUACAAUACUGUUUCACAGAUGCAGUCCCGAACCUUUGCCUGCAACUUCGAAGGAAGACCAAGCGGAAUUGUUUUUGACAUCAAACAAGGAAUCAGCCUGUAUGAUAUUCCUACAAAGAGCUACAUCUGGCAAUACCGCUUUAGAGAUCUGCAAGCUGUUGCGGAUGAUGGAAAGCUUUGUGUGCAACUAUCGUUUUCGGAUGACCGCUCGUUGAACUCUGACAAAAUUGAAGUGAAAGAUAUCGAGUGUGAAGACGUGGUCACCGUGGUGUUCAACCUUCAUUCGUUUGUCUUGGCCAAAAUUGUCUCAACUGAUCCAGAUUAUUUGAAAUCAAACAGAUAUGUUGGAAAUGCUGAAGACUAA